AUGUCCGCUUGUUUUGGAAUGACAGCCAGUCUGCAAGCUCCCAUUCCUCACGGUUUGCAAAUGGAUACCAGGAUGUCUGCCCCGCAGUCUUCUUGGCCUCUUGGAGUCUUUCAAACUGGGAAAUGGAUAGGGCUUGACAUGUGGCCUCUUCGGAAGCCCUCCGAGUUCCUCAUCUUCAACAUCUUCCAUUUGCACAUGUCUUGGUGGGCUCAUGCAGAGGCAAUACUGAAUCUGCAGGUGAGCUUUUGCCAUGCGAUCUCGGGCUUCACAACAUUCUUUGCUGUAAACUGGGGCUUCGAAGAUCGCCACAUGGUGAAGGCAGACAAGGUGUGGUGUGAGAUGAGCCACGGAUCUGCUACGGGCGAGCGUGGAAAAAUGCUCGCCACAUGUUGGUCAAGCUGCAAGAAGUGUCUUCUUGCGAACCUCGAAAAGCAGACCUCGGAGCUACAAAUGAACCUCGCGGCCACACCCGGGUAUCGCGCAAGCCAAAACCACACCUCAGAGGACCUUACUCGCCUCGGAAUAGAAAGUGAAGAUGACAACGAGCUGGAUCUGAACUCCAUCGCGAUUCCAUCAUCAGUAAUGUUCAAUGCUUCUUCUCUUUCUAUUUUUACUGACCAUUCACAGUUUGCCCGAGGCCAAACAAUUACGGCCACACCCAGGCUGUCUCUGGCUCAAUGCAAGCCUACAACAUCUGUUCCUCAUACUGGUCGCAGUCGCAACCCUCCUCCCAACUCGAUAACUCCUUCCUCGUCUAUCCCACCCAUCAACAACCAUUUGUUCGGCUUAGGCAUGGAAGAGCCUCAGCAUUCUUCAAAUUCUCUUCAAGCUUCCCAGUUGUCUGAACUUACUUCCUCACACAGCUCCGACAUUGAGGUUCAAUUCAAUGGUGCUUAUACUCCUCGUCGACGGCACCCAGUAACAGCAGUCCCUGCUCCCUUGCGUGACAGUGUUGAUGCUUGCUCGCGGCCCAAAGCAAGUGACUACAUGCCACGCAUCAAGAAGCUGCUUCUAUCAGCAGCAUACGAGUUUGAGGCACUCAUCAUGACAAGGGAUGCUUAUCCCGACUCUGAAGUGCAGCGCCAGUGGGCAUAUGAGUCAUGGCAUAAUGUAACUGAUCCCAUAAACGACUCUGAAGAGUCGGACUCUGGGGGUGCUGAACACUCAGGCUUCGAACUAACAGAUCACAUGAUUACUGUGGGUGACUCGCCAGAUGUUCACAGAAAGAACAUACACCUGCAUAGGAGGCUUCUUGAGAAGUCCUCCUUUCAUUACAAGGACCCUGGCAUCGAAUCGGGCAUGCGCUCGGGCUUUGGACAGCACACUAUCAUCUCACGGGUCCUUGAAGUCUGCUUCUUCAAGAAGAAGAGCAAGAAGACUUCAUUUGGACUUACAUACCCACAGCAUUUCAACCUGUUUCCUCUCCCCACGAUGGUGCUCAUACUCGCAGCAGUCGAACAUGAUAUUGAGGAGUGGUCCACAGGUGUCCAUGUCAUGGCUGAUUUCCGGGAGCUUGAAGGCAAGCCCUUAUAUGAAGCAUACCUUGCGGACCUUCGUACUUGGGAGAACCCUCCGGAUGGCCCAUCAAACAAGACGGUUGUGUGCAACAUCCGAAAGAAGCUAUACAAGCGUGGACGCGAGUUUGCAUCCCUAUCUGCUGAGGAUAGCGAGAAGCCCAGUCGCGCAUCGAAGGCAGACAUGCAGGAAGCAUAUCAGGAGCUUGCGGGACGCACGGGCGAGACAGAUAGUGAGGCUGAAUAG